AGCGAGGAGGGCGACCACAACCAGCGAGCUCCGAGCGGGCUGCGGAGGAUGUCGACCCCGCUGCGGGGACAAGCCCCGGGCGGGAUGCGUGUGUCCAGUCGGCUGUUCCGCACCCAGUCCCCCAGCACCUGCAGCCCUCGGCACCCAUGAAGCCCCCGCUGAUGAAGCCCCGAGCUGCCAGAGUGAGGCGGAAAGUGGCCGGAGACAGAGAGUAUGUACUGGCGCGUCGGGUUCGCCUGGACGCGGUCGUGUGUGGUUGAUCUUGGCCAGAACCAGAGCUUCUCCUCCGGCCUGCUGGGCCCCGAUGAGCAGCUCUCGUUUUAUGGGUACAUCAUCGCCUACCCACUGCAGGACUACGGCGGGAUAAUGUCAGCUUUGGGUUCGGACUCGUGGUGGCGGAAAACGCUGUAUUUGACCGGAGGGGCUCUGCUCGCUGCCGCUGCUUAUUUGCUGCACGAAUUGCUGGCCAUCAGAAAGGAGGAAGAGCUGGACUCUAAAGAUGCCAUCAUACUCCACCAGUUCUCCAGGCCCAAAACUGGCGCCCCGUCCCUGUCCCCUUUCUGCCUUAAGAUGGAGACCUACCUCCGCAUGGUUGAUCUGCCCUACCAGAACUACUUUGAUGGGAAGCUUUCACCGCAGGGUAAGAUGCCGUGGAUCGAGUACAACCAGGAGCAGGUGUGUGGCACAGAAUUCAUCAUCGACUUCCUGGAGGAGAGGCUGGGCGUGAGCCUCAACAAGAGCCUGACGCCGCAGGAGAAGGCCAUGUCCCGCGCCAUCACCAAAAUGGUGGAGGAACAUUUCUACUGGACCAUAGCUUACUGUCAGUGGGUGGACAACCUGGAGGAGACCCAGAAGAUGCUGUCGGUGAGCGGACCGCUGAGUGACCUGCUCAAGUGGAUCCUGAGUCACCUGACCGGCGGGAUCGUCAAGAGGGAGAUGUACGGACACGGGAUCGGGCGCUUUUCUAAGGAGGAGGUUUACGCCCUGAUGGAGAAGGACAUGCGCACCCUGGCCACUCUGCUAGGUGAUAAGAAGUACCUCAUGGGCUCUAAGCUUUCAGCAGUAGAUGCUGCGGUGUUCAGUCACCUGGCCCCUGCUAUGUGGACGCUACCAGGAACACGCCCGGAGCAGCUAAUCAAAGGUGAGCUGAUCAACCUGGCCAUGUACUGUGAGCGUAUCCGCCGGCGUUUCUGGCCUGAGUGGUUCGUGGACCUGGAGGACUUCUGCUACAACGACACCACAGAGGGCAGCGACUCCAAACUCCCUGAUCUGGGUCUCUACUCCCGCACGGACACUUUCCAGGAAGAUACUCACACACACACUUCACACACCCACACACCACAGGACCCACCACUGUCGCCCGACAGCGACCCUACAGGCCACUCGCUAUAUGACUCUGACAUGGACACAGAGUGCUCUGAAAUAGACCAGCUCAAGUGUUGACAAAACAUACACUUACAGUACACAAUACAUAUGCGCACACCACAGGAGGGUGCUGCAUCCCACCUGCACACAUGUCCCCUACCUCUUAAAACAGAAAAUAUCUGGGGAGUAUUUUCGGUGUCGCCUGUGCUGGUGGAGAAGUUGAGGAUGUAGAGGUUUAACUUGCACACUGUAGUGGAGGAAAUUGCUUGCAAUAGAAGGAAAGGGAGCCAGGCAUAGGUCAAAAAGGAAAAAAGCCAGUGACAGGACAGAAGGAAAAAGAGGCAGCGUGUAAAGGAAAAGUAGAGGGAAAGAGAAGAGAUGCAGGAAAAGAUUGAAAAGUUAGACUUUUAAAGUCAGGAGUAAAUGACGCCGCUGCUGAGAAACUCCUCCACGUGGUCGACAUCAUCUGCAGUCACAACCUUCUACCUGUUGCCAUAAACUUGGCAACUAUGUGUGUGUGUGUGUGACCCCAUGUUGUCCCUCGUAGCAACUUGCACCACUAAGCCUUGUGUGUGUUUUCAACUAACUGAACCCUUAAACGCCUUGUCUUGAUAUGACAUUGACAUGUAGGGAACUGUACAGGAUUUAUGUGAAUGAACACAAUUCGGUGUAAAUAUAUAAAUGGAUCUGAUUUGAUUCUCAGAUUUAAUAGAUAGAAUAUUUGAUUCUAUAUGACUAUAAAUAGUAUAGAUAGCCUGCAAAUAGAAAAUCAUCCCCUCUGCCAUAUGGUGUAAAUAAUGUAGUUGUGUCUUCUGUAAAACCCUUUUUGUGUUGGACACAAUGACCAAAUCUUCUUGUAAUAGUCUCCAUGAAUUCCCACUCUACUGGUCUAGGAUCAGUAUGAGGAGCCCUGUAAACGCCUCUGUGUGUCUGUCCAUAGAACUGGGAGAUUACAGUGAUGCUUGCUGCCCAUAUUUAAAUAGUGCAGUAAAAUUUCAUGAAAGUUAAUGGAUGGCAAAUCGCAAUCUGCCAUAAGCACUUUGAAACUAUAAGUUGUCUUAUUAAGACAUUUAUUUUGCCAAAAAAAUUGUUAAUUGUUUCCCACAUUAGAAGAAUAAUAUCACAACAUACAUUGUCAGUCGCCUGUGUGGUUUAGAUUGCCAUUGAGGACAUUAGCUUUAGGUCAAAUGGACAUUUUACAUGCAUUCAAGCAUUGAGAGCGAGUCAAACAAUCAUGUAGAAAUAGAAUAAAUAGAUAUAUAAUCUGAAUGAAAGUGCAUGGCUGGCACGUGCCAAUGAAAAUGUCCCUUUACACUUCAUGUGGAUCGAUUUAUCUGCAUUUCUUAGCUGGUCUAUUUAAGUUUGAUAUUGCGAUGCAGUUUGUUUGUUGGUGCCUCUGGUCAAAUCAGCCACACAAAGGUGGCAAAGUUGUAGCCGAUGGACGAUGGAUCUGGAAAUAGACUUGACUUUUUUUUUUUUUCCUUUCAGCAGUUGAAGUUUUUGUGACGGAUGCCUCGUGUUUCAAAAUGAUGGAUUGUUCAGAAAACGUUACGUGAAGCAAUAAGAAAGCAGACACAAGUCCACUCUGUUCACUUUUUAAUUUUAUGCGAGGUUGCCUUGUAUUUGGCUUGUGUGAUGGCAAGGUGUAGGUUUUAUGUGUGUUUGUCAUUCAACAAAUGCGCGUACCAACAAAUUGUGUAUUAAGGCUACUUAUACGGUUGCAAGCAAGGGGGUGUACAGUAUGUGUGCUUCUAUCCAUGUUGCGCAUGGAUGAGUCACCCUCUGUGAAUGAAUGAUGACGCACUGGUGAGGAUUCACAGCUGAACCGUUCCUCUCUAACACGCACAGACACAUGCACACAAACACACACACUGGUAGAAAGAGAGAACGGACAAUAGCAAUAGUGUGAUGGUUAUACUGAUGAUGCUGCUUCUUAUUCAUGGUCCAACUUAAAAUAUUGUUCAUCUUAGGAAUGAAAGAGAAACUUUACAGGGCCAUCACGGAGGUCUGUACGCAGGGACCUAUUAAUUGGCCAGGCCAGUGAUAUUGGCUGAUACUAGCUUAAAGGCCUGCUCGCACUAGGAAGUUUUUCAGUGAAAUAAAUUUGCAUAUCUCUGUGAAAUGUUUGUUCUUAAAGUUUGGUGACGCGGUGACUGUAUUUGCAGGGGCAGGUGGUGAAGUGCUGUGAUGAAAUGAAUGGUUCAACGCAGCGAAUAAGCUACGAUAGCGUCCCCUGUUUUGGACUCUGUCAAAGCUGAACUUGACACAAAAAGAUUUUGCAGAUUUACUUUGUUCCUGAAAACAAAUCCACUGAUUGCAGUGAUUACAGUGUUUGUGACGAUUGCUUUGUUUUUAAAUGGUGGAGUGACCAGGCUAUAAUGUAGAUUAAAUUGUAUCGGCGUAUGUGUGUUGGCCCAAUAAUUCUCAAGUAAUUUCAGUCCAGGAACGCCAAGAAUGUCUUAAUUUGGGAAUAAUAUUUCCAUUACAUUGUUUUUUUUUUUUAAACUUCUAAAUGUCAUUUUUGGACCUUUGAACCUUGAUAACCGGUCUCAGAAAUCCAGAAUGGGUCAGGCUCUUACUUGUGAGGAUGAUGCACAAAAAUGAAAUUUAGAUUGAAUAAAACAAAUAUGUAGCAUUAAUAUGUAGCAGUAUAUUGUGAAAUAUGACGUCAUAAUUGGAAUCCAGCAUUUAGAAAACAGGUAUAAGUUUGUGAGAUGUUACGUCUUUGAGGCACCGUUGUGAAUCUGAUGUUUAAGUAGGACCAUGAUGUGGAUAAUGCUGAUUGCUUGAUGGUUUCGUUUAAGAAUUUAACGACAGCAAAAAUGCCCAUUUCGCUCUGUGUGGCUCCUUCACUGUAAGGCUCACACGCUGGGCUCUCUGUCAAAAGCAUCUAUAAGUUGGUCUUCACCUAAACCAAGCCUUUACGAAGGAGACCGUAGAAACCCGCGCAGUAAAGGGUGUGUGCUGCAGUUGAUUUUCAGUACAAUAAUGUCGUCUCAAAUGGAAAAAAAAAAAAAAAGAACUUAAAAAUUUCUUUUUGUGUCUUAAAAACCCCCUUGC